AUGGCUGGAAGGAAUGAUGCUGCGAUUGCUGCUGCUUUGGAAGCAAUGGCUCAAGCUUUGGAACAUCAGCCGAAUGUUGGUGAGAAUUCCGCUUCUCGCAAUUUGGCUACUUUCCAAAGGGAGAAUCCACCUGUUUUCAAGGGAACUCAUGAUUUUGAUGGCGCAUUGACAUGGCUAAAGGAGAUUGAGAGAAUCUUCCGUGUGAUAGAUUGUACUCUAGAUCAGAAGGUUUGGGAGUUCUUGAGGAAGUACUUUCGUGAGGACGUCCGUGGCAAGAAGGAAAUCGAAUUCCUUGAGUUGAGACAAGGGAAUAAGUCGGUUGUUGAGUAUGCUGCUAAGUUUGGAGAGUUGGCUAAGUUUUACCAACAUUAUGAUGGACCAGAUGGUGAAUUUUCUAAGUGUAUCAAGUUUAAGAAUGGAUUGCGCCCAGAAAUCAAGAAGGCGAUUAGCUACCAGAAGAUUCGUGUCUUUGCUGAUUUAGUUGAUAGUUGCUGGAUUUAUAAGGAAGACAACAAUGUUGAUUAUCGAGUUAUUAGUGAGAAGAGGGGAAAGAGUCAACAAGGUCGUGGCAAGCCUUAUGAUGCUCCAUUUGGCAAGGGGAAGCAGAAAGCUUAUGAGGGGAAGAAGACUAGUAGGGGAGAUGCUCCUGCUGGUAAUGUAUGCUUCAAGUGUGGCAAAGUUGGUCACAAGAGCACUGUGUGUACUGUUGGUACUAAGAGGUGUUUCCGUUGUGGUAAGAUUGGACAUGAAGUGCCUAAAUGCAAGCAUAAGGAUAUGGUUUGCUUCAACUGUGGUGAAGAGGGACAUAUUGGAAGCAAGUUUCAGAAACCCAAAAAGGAGCAAGCUAGUGGGAAGGUGUUUGUCUUGUCGGGAACUCAGACCACUAGAAAAGCUAAUGUUGUCGUCGAUGCCUUAAGCCGAAAGACUUUGCAUAUGUCGGCGAUGAUGGUUAAGGAAUUGGAACUGAUUGAGCAAUUCAGAGAUAUGAGUUUGAAGCUUUAUGUGAUUAUGGAUCAUAGUUUAAUGAAAGUCAAUAGAUUAAGUAAAGAGUAUAAGAAUGGAUUGAUCCAAUUUCUUGAUUUCGCUGAAAAAUACCUUCCUAAAGGAGUAUUUUAG